AUGCCUGGUCCAUCCUCGGUGUUGAUAUCACGGAUUGAACAUCUCGGGAGGCUCCUGAAAAAUCUUCCACAAUCAUUGCCCCUUGACCCACCUAAUUCUUCCUAUGACUUCGGCCUCGACACAGAGAUGGUUGAGGAGGAAGGGGUGUGGUUUGCAUUCAAUAGAAACCUGGAGGUCUGCUUUGAGACCCAUAAACUUGGCCGAAGUGGAACAAUCACUUUCCGUGAACGCGGGAGACGUUACGAAGCCCUGGUUGGGAUGUUCAAGGAGACAGUUAAGAAACUUGCAAAAGAUUCUGAACAUGACUUCCUUCGUGAGGUGUGGCUUGAGCGGCUGAUCAAUGCUGCACAACAACAGGGUGCAAAGGACCUACGACAGACUGGUGUUGGCGGUACGAAAAGACCUGCCCCAGAGAUACAUAUUUCAGCAGUAGAUGAACAUCCCAAAAAAUGCUCGAAAGCUUCGCACUCGCCUCACACGGAUGCUAGACUAUCAACUGUCAAUGUAGACUCGAACUCUGAGGGUCAUGAGUCAGAUUUAGAGCUCAAUGUUCAAUGCAAACAUGUUACUAUUCGCAUGAUUGAAAACCCUCGACCCUCGACCCUCCCUGUCGUAAUCGAUUUGCAGAAAACAAAACAAAUGAGUUUCAAGGAGGAAACUCUGAAAGCAGCACGAGAGCAGAGAAAGAAGAACCUAGCAACGGAGCGUCAACGUCGUCGUCGUGAGCGAAUCAAAGCCACUCAGCCGAAAGGGAAGAAAGCACAAAAGAAUGUCAACGAGGUUUUGCGGGCUGAAUCCCAAACAAGCAGCCUUUCAACAAUGGAUCUCGCAAAGCUUUCAAGGCCUGAUUCGGAUUGGAAAGAUCAGCGGACUGGGAAGAAUGAGCAAAUUGCCCCGAAAGUUGGCUGGUCUGCACAGACAAUUGCUAGUAGGCUCGCUCAAGAUCAACCAUCACUCUUCUCUCACCUGAACAAGGGAACCGUCCAAAAAUGGCUGGACAAGGAAACAAAACGUGGUUGGUCACCCGUGACAAUUCAAAAUGUCAAACGACGUCACGCACUGGCAGGAUCAGGACAAACGGGGGUGCUUGCAAAGUACCCAGCAGUCAUGAAGGAGAUCACGGACACAUUGCGAGGUUUGAGGACAUCUGGUGUUCCCGUCAGUGUUGUUGUUGCUCGCUCGAUCAUGCUCGCUGUGAUCGAAAAGCAUGAACCAGGCUUACUACUCACUGAAUUCAAAUGUUCAGAGAAAUUUGUUUGGUCGUUCUUCGAGAGUGUGUUGGACUGGAGUCCGAGGAAGGGAACACGUGCAGCAGCCCAUCUUCCAGCUGAUGCUGAAGAAACCUGUGAAGAAUGUUUCUUUCGAUUGGUCUACAUCAUGAAAUGGUACAACGUACCUCCGAAACUCGUGGUUAACUUUGACCAAGUAGGCUGCUAUCUCUUACCAAAUAGCAGUACCACGUUUCAUGAGUGUGGCUCCAAACAAGUUGAUAUUGUAGCUAAGGACGAAAAACGUGCUUAUUCGCUACUUGUAGCCAGCACUGCAGACGGUGAUUUCUUGCCAUUUCAACAAGUUUGGGCAGGUGCAUCUGAGCGUUCAUUGCCAUCACAUGAUGCUCACGGCAUGAACAAUGCAAUUGAGCGUGGAUUUCAUUUUGCAUUUGCAAAAAGUGAUAAGAAAACGAGCCACUACAGUACCUUGAAGACCAUGCGAGAGUGGAUCGAGAACAUCCUUGAGCCAUGGAGAAAGGUGGUUAUCGAGACAGAUCCCGAUCUUGAUGAUGACCAGCAUGCAAUUGUCUACCUCGACUGCUACCCAGUGCACACCAGCCAGGAUUUCCGUACUUAUGUUUGGGAGAAGUAUCCAUGUACAGGAAAGUUCCAGCCUGCUGAUGUCGGGCUGAAUCGAGUGAUCAAGCACCGUCUCAAGCAAAACCAAGUGAAUUUCCUUGUUGAAGCCCACAGCAAUCAGAUCUCUCGCAGACUCGUUCCUGAGCAAGUAAAAUUUACAACAUCACUGCCGGUGCUGCGAGAUGCAUCAGUUGCAGCCCUUGUUGAUGUUUAUGACUUCAUGACGAGUGCUGCAGGACGCGAGUUGGUCAAAAAGGGAUGGGAAAGGUGUAUUGCAAAGGAAUGGAAUCUUUCGGGAGACUGCCUAACAAGCAAGCAAUCAUGCACAGCUCUAAAUACAUAUCUCCAUACUCACGACGCACUUCGCAACGAGAUCGAGAACCGAAUGGGUACAGUUCACAACGACAGCGAGGAAUUAUUGGAACAUGUUGAAGAGAUGCGAGAAGAUGACUCCAAUGUUCCUUUGAGUGCCGUGAUCAAUGAUGCACUCGGGAUAUCGAUUGAUAAAGCUUACAACUUGAACCUGGGGUAUGUGGUUUCGGAGGUCAAGCAAGCUGCAGAUCAGACUCUGAUGGCAGCUGGAGAUGCGGAGGAUGUCUGGGCUUGGAAUAACGGGGAACUAUGGGGCAAAAAACUUCCUACAGUAUCAGCUGACGAGCCUUAG